AUGCGGCACACAGUGUUUUCCUCGAAGAAGCGCACAUUCACCAGCUGUAACUUCUCACCUCGAGGCUCCAGCGCUGACAGCAACAAAAACAGACGAGACCGAUCAAUUUUUCUAAUUCUCGGCCCCUGCCGCACGAUAACGACUGUCACAGUCCGUCGAUGGGAAAACACGGUGGAAUCAUCCAUGAAAGCGGCGAUCAUCGGAAACUGGGGCCCGACGCGGCCUGCUGGGCACAGGCUGACCGUUACAGGGCUGUCAGCGGCCGUCUCUGCUGUGGGUGAGAGUGUGAACACGCAGCAGCGUGAAAUGAGAAAGGACUCGGUCGAAUGUGUGCCAGCUGCAAGAUUACGGAGGGCUGAGUUUUGCAGCGAUACGAGGCGAGGGGACAGCCAGACGAAUGCACGCGUCUACAUUUCUGCCCACGACUCGACCCGCAGCUCAAACGUGAGCGCGUCUCAGACCGGUUCGUCUGAGGAGAUCUCCCUCUUUUCCUUCGUGACUCUGAUGACCCUGAAGCGAGGAGGAAAGCGGUGGCUUUGUUUGCCACCGGACAGCAAAUGGGACAGCACCGUUGACACAACACAUCUGGCUGACAGUGAGGGGGAGCUUUGCCUCCUGACUCAGCCUCUGCUACGGUCAGGGGAAGAACAUUCAGCCCUGAGAAUCAUGACGGCCAUCAACGCACCCCGAGACAAAUACAAUGCAGUAUGGAUCAUUUUCUUCAUCCUGGGUCUGGGAACUCUCUUACCAUGGAAUUUCUUCAUGACAGCCACAAUGUACUUCACCAGCAGGCUGAAGGACCCGCCGGCCGCCGUAUCCAACGUGACGGCCAACGGGACCGACCAGGGCGGGGACCCUCGCAACAUGCUGGAGCUGAAGUUUAACAACGUGAUGACGCUGUGCGCCAUGGUGCCCCUGCUCAUCUUCACGUGCCUCAACUCCUUCAUCCACCAGAGGAUUCCUCAGAAGCUGCGGAUCUCCGGCAGCCUGACGGUCAUCCUGGUGGUCUUCAUGCUCACUGCAGUUCUGGUCAAGGUGGAUGUGGCCCCACUGCCCUUUUUCGCCCUGACUAUGAUCAAGAUUGUUUGCAUCAACUCUUUCGGGGCCAUCCUCCAGAGCAGCCUGUUCGGGCUGGCGGGGAUCCUGCCCGCCUCCUACACCACCCCCAUCAUGAGCGGGCAGGGGCUGGCCGGCACCUUCGCCGCUUUCUCCAUGAUCUGCGCCCUGGCCACUGGAUCAGAGCUACAGGACAGCGCUUUCGGCUACUUCAUCACAGCCUGUGUGGUCAUUCUUCUGGCCAUAAUGUCCUACCUCACUCUGCCCAAGAUGGAGUUCUUCCAGUACUACAUGGAGAGCAAUGGCUGCCGGCCGUCCGCUGACGAGGAAAACAAGAUGGAUUUACUCAAAAAAGACAGCCCGGCAGAGAAGCGGCCGGUGGUCAAUCUGCUGGAGGACGAGGCCAGAGCCAGCGUGUCCGUCUUUGCCAUCUUCAAACAGAUCUGGGUGAUGGCUCUGUCGGUGUGCUUCAUCUUCACCGUGACCAUCGGAACCUUCCCCUCCGUGACGGUGGACGUGAAGUCCACGGUGGCGGCCGGAGGCACCUGGGACACCUACUUCAUCCCCGUGUCGUGUUUCCUUCUCUUUAACGUGAUGGACUGGGCUGGCAGGAGUCUGACGGCCGUCUGCAUGUGGCCGGGCAGAGACAGCAUCUGGCUGCCCAUCCUGGUGGGCCUGCGGGUGGUCUUCAUCCCGCUCUUCAUGCUGUGCAACGUGGAGCCUCGUCACUACCUCCCCGUCUGGUUUGCUCACGACGCCUGGUACAUCAUCUUCAUGAUCGUCUUCUCCUUCUCCAACGGGUACCUGGCCAGCCUCUGCAUGUGCUUCGGACCCAAGAAGGUGGCGCAGCACCAGGCUGAGACGGCGGGCGCCAUCAUGGCCUUCUUCCUGUCCCUGGGCUUGGCUCUGGGCGCGGCCAUCUCCUUUGGAAUCCGGGCCUUGAUCUGAAACCUCCCGCAGAACCCUCAGUCAGCCGUAGAUAAGACCACCCCCUUCAUCAACACCCCCCCCCCCCCCCCUCUCUCUUGCGGCUGUCUGGGAGGAGACGAUGCAACACGCCGGAGGACUGGAGCCCCUCAGUCCUCCGUUACCAUAGAGACUGUCUCUGAAUACUGUUUUAAUGUUAGUUUCCUCCAAACUCAGCAGCACAUUGUUUACGCCUGCCUCAUCAUGUUCAUGGAGACUUUUAUUUUAAUUUUAUACCUCUGAUCAAACCGUUGCCAAGUCAGAAUCAAACCAAAUGGUAAAGAUGAGUUUUUCUGGAGGAGAGACUGGAAGCUCUUCCAGGUGUUUUUAAAAGUUGUGACCCGCAGUAUUGUGCAGCCCAGCAGUGUUCUUUGAUGUGUAGAACUUGUUCAGUCCCUUUGGAGUAGUCCUCCUCCUCAAUAAUGACAGAAAAAUACUCGGAUGGCAUGUAAAUAAGUCUGACCUCAGCUUUUAGAGCAGGCCGUCAAAAGCUGCUGCUUCCUCCAACCAGUCCGUCUCCUUCAGAGGCAGCCAUCCAUCGGCGUUUACUCGGCAGAAACCUCCUCGUCACGCCGCGCUCAGCUCGCAUCAAACCAAAACACACACACAAGCACAGGAAAACUCUGAAGGGAAGCCGUGAGCCGUCACACACCUGCUGAACCUCUUAGGACCGCCGUUCAUCAGCCGCCUCCCAACCCAUCAGUCACAGCAUGAGGGCCGUUUGCAUCUGAAGCUGGCCUAAGGGGGGGGGGGGGGGGGGGGUAAUGAGACGCCGCCCCGUCAGGGCCAGCUCAGAGCUCGACUGGAGUGGAAACAUUUUCAGUCUGUACUUUUGGUUAAGGUUUACCUUUUGUUCUGGUGAAACAAGUUUUACCGCCAUGUAUUUUCUACACGUGGCUGUUGAAACGUGACCGGGCGCCGUCU